GAAGUAAAUCACCCAACCCCAGCCCCAUGAUGAAGCCAAAGCUUUGUGAUUAUUUGAGGGGGGGGAGGGAGACCACAAGUUGACAAAUUUUAAGUCAUCGUUUGUUGUUCUUGCAGAACAGUCAUGGGUUCUCUCUCCGCAAGGAGGCAAAGAGAAAAGAUCUUUUUCUUUUUCUUUUUUCGUCCCCAUUAUCUGAAGAAAAAUUAAGAGAGAGAGAGAGAGAAUUGUGGGUGGGUCUGUGUUUGUUUGGGUAGCUUCUUCUCAUCAGACAGUGGCCCAGCAGCAGAUCUGAAAUUCCCUUUUAUUUCCUGUCCCAUGAUAGUCUGAGCUGUAUGAGCCAUUUGGGUAUCCGGGGUUUUGUCGAUUCUUGGAUUUGUUUCGGUUCUUCGGAGCAUAGCAUAUACUGAAGGAUUGUAUUGAGAGGAGCAUCACACAGUCUCUCUGUCUCUCUGCGUCGUUGCAGACGGGUUUAAUCCAAGAAACCACUGGGCUGCAGUCAUCUUCUUUUACUUGAUAUAUAUUACACCAAUGGAAUGGGGACUGAAGUACAGUUCAAGAUGUUUUUGCCAGGAUAUCAUUUCGCAAAUGAUGUAAAUGAAAGAGCUGGAAAUAAAAGCUUGCUGCUCAGUUACGACAAUAGCAACAUGAAAAAUGGGAAUCAAUUCAAUGGAUUCUCGAGAUGGUCAAAACCAGAUUUACAAUUCAGAUGUGAGAAGGAAGAGCUGAGGCAGAUAAUAUUGACACAGGAAUCUAUUUUCAGGCAUCAGAUAAACGAGCUCCACCGCCUUUACAAAAUACAGAGGGAUCUGAUGAAUGAAAUCAAAUCCAAAGAUUUGAGCAGAUCCCUGGUACCGGCGGGUCCUUUCCCAUCAAGUUUGUUCUCUUCCAGUGACAAACGCAAGCAGCAUAUCCAUAGUUUCCCUUCGGGUUUUCCAAACAGUGGAACUAUUCCCGCUUCAGAAGAAGCUCGGGGCGCAUCCAAAUCCAAAAUAAGUGGUACUCUUGUCAGGCGGACCUUUGACCUUGAACUUCCAGCUGAUGAGUACAUUAUCGAGGAACAGAAACUUCAGCUGUCUGCUUCCACUUCUGCUGAUAUCGUGCGCAGCUCCAAAGAAAGAUUACAAAGGAAGAAUCUUUCUGCUUCUUCGCAAGCAAGCUUCCACGAAAGAGAGUUGCUUAACACUCUCAAGACUGUGCAACCAACUAGUGAUGGGAGCUUCUUUGGUCAAAGUUUACGUGGUGAAAUGGAUCCCGUAUCUCUCUUAUCCGACCACCAUAGCUCAGAGUUGCAGACAAGCAGGAAAAUUUUCGGAGUAGAAUUCUCCCAUAGAAACCACAAUGAGCCCCAGCUUUCCCUUCAGCGGCAAGCAAUACUUGGUCAAGUCGGAAAUGCGUCUUCUGGGUCAAAUUUGAGCUUCGAGAAUUCAAUGCGAAGCCCUCAAGUUAUUGAGGACGAACAGCUAAUUAGGGGUAUUCGAGAAGCGGGGAGUUCAUACCAGAUGAGCACAGAUUCACUUCUAAUCAACUUUCGUCAGUUUGUUGGUAUGAAUAAAACGAAAAUAAGCAUACCUCAUAGUCUUGUCCAGGAUUCUUCAUCAGUGACCGGUACCACUGACUCCAAGAAGAGGAGAGUCGAUGGCUGCUCAGGCAACGAGAAGAUUCUUGGAUCUUAUGUGGGCAAAUUUCAUUCAGCUGGCGGAGUUGGAUCGGCAAACAUCAAUCUGAUGGAUGAUUCCAUAUCUCCAGAAUCUGCUGCACCUGAUACUAAACGUGGGGUAGAGAUUGAGCAAUUUGUGGAGAAGAACAUGAAUGCUCGCGGUUUGAGUUCAAGAGAAUUUCUUGACUUAAAUGUCUGUCCAACUGAAGAGGACAUUUCUUCAACCAUUUGCUCCGAGACUUCCCACGUCAAGCCCUUCAGAGGAAAUAUUGAUUUGGAAGUUUCGGUCCCGGAAGUUAAUGAAUCUCCAGGAGAGGAAUCCACGGAUAGCAAACAGGGAUCCUCGGUGAUACUGGAUACUAAAUUGGGAGAAGAUAAUGAUGGGCUUCUGAGCGUUGCAGUUGAAACUCUAGUCGAGUUAUCAGCAAUUUCUGCAGAUAAAAUUAUAGAACCGAUAUUCCCUGACAAAUCUGAAGACACACAGAGCGAGACCCUUCAGUGGUUUGCUGAAAUAAUCACCUCUUCUUUUUCAGUUGAUCUUGAAACUGAACCUCUCGAUGGAGGAGAGGACGUUCCCAAGGGGAUGGAUUAUUUCGAGUUUGCCACACUGAACUUGGCAGAAAUGAAGGUCGAGGAGCUGUCUUACAAGCCUUCUGUUUCAGAGGAAAUGCAAGAGAACUUGUCCUUGGGACGGCCUCAGAAGGGCCACGCAAGGAGAGGGAGGCAGAAGAAGGACUUCCAGAAGGAUGUGUUGCCUUGUCUCACUUCCCUAUCGAGGAACGAAGUGUCUGAGGAUCUCCACACGAUUGAAGGGAUGAUAAAGGCCAGAGGCGGGGCCUCAAGAACAGGCCCGUCGCAGAAAAACGGUGCCAGUAAGGGCAGCAAAGCUAGGGGAAGGACCAACAAAAGGAAUUUUACAGGUAAUGAUCCAAUGAAUCCUCAAGCUGUGCGGCGACUGCCGGGCGUCGAGGAGGGGACUCUGAUGGGAUGGGGGAAGAGGGCUCGGCGUCCUAAGAGGGCUCGGUGUUCGGCUGCUAUUCAUUCAAUAUUGCCGAGGGAAGUGUUAUAAUUCGUUUUAUCAGUUCGAGCAAUAUCGGAGCAAGUUAUAUCCCAGCUUCUUUAUUGAGGUCACGGCGACACACUCGCAUUGUAGUGUAUAUAUACCUUCUUCAUCCCAGAAGAGAAGUGUGGGUUCAGUUGCUUCUAAUUCAUAGCAUUAUGUUCGAAACCUCAAUGUAAUUUACCAUGUUCUGUCCUGUUCGUAGUUUCCGAUGUGAAUGCCCGAUGCCAUGUAUUAUUUACUCGGGUAGUAGACAUAACAUCCAUUGCUGUGGACAUUUUACAUUAGAGAUUGUUAUUGGAUGACUAAAUUCAAAGGAUAUAAUGAUUCAUACACGUAAGCUUCAAACGAGAGCCUUUCGUUU